AUGCCGUGGCCGGACUGGCUGUGGUCACGUCGGAGCAAGAACGACGAUGACGAUGGCAACAACGAUGUCGUACGUCCGCCGCAAGACGAGCGUCCACGCAAGCCCACGGGCACGUGGGAGAAACCACUGAACGCGGUGAACUGGGCCAACUAUACCUCCCCGCAAACCAUCAUCGCCUGUACCAUCACCUCAGCCGCUACCCUCCUUCUCGUCCACGCCUACAAAACCUACCUCCGCCGGAUUCCCACGGUCGAGUACCUCAAACCCAGCAUCUUCGGUAAACGAAGUCUCUACGGGUUUGUGACGAGGGUAGGCGAUGGGGAUAACUUCCACCUCUUUCACACACCUGGCGGGAGACUGGCGGGGUGGGGUUGGCUACCCGGCAGACGCGUCAAGGCUAUGAUGCAGGAGAAGGGGCGGUUGAAAGGGCAGACGGUGCAUGUCCGGCUGGCGGGGGUUGAUGCGCCGGAAUUGGCGCAUUUUGGCCAUCCGGCGCAGCCGUUUGGGAAGGAGGCGAGGGAGUGGUUGGAGUCGUAUAUUCUGGGACGGUACGUGCGGGCUUACGCGUGGCGGCGGGAUCAGUACGAGCGGGUGGUCGCUACGGUGUAUUGUCGACGGUGGGUGGUGUGGAGGUUGGAUGUGGGGGAGGAGAUGUUGAGGCAGGGGCUUGCGACGGUGUAUGAGGCGAAGGCUGGGGCGGAGUUUGGGGGCAGGGAGAAGAGGUAUAGGGAGGUGGAGGGGUGGGCUAAGCGGAGGAAGGUGGGGAUGUGGACGGAGCCGGGGUUGGUGGAGAGGUUGGUUUUGGGGAGGAGGAGGGAGGAGGUGGAGACGCCGAGGAGUUAUAAGAAUCGCGUUGCGGCGAGGGCGAAGAGUAGUGAGGCGGCUGCUAAGUGA